GGGAAAUGCCCGGCAAGGUACCUGCGCACCUGCAUUGGACCAGAGACAGGGAGCGACAGUUUAGCGCCUGCGCCCAAGAAGAGCGCGCGCUCGCUUAUCGGACGGGUCGCAAUUACUGCCAAGGCUGGCUGAUGACUGGAUCAUGUCAUCCCUCGUGCACAAGAAAUCCCCAAUCUUAACAAUAACACCUUCUCCAACGCCCAACCUCCAAGCUGGCCAUCCAUCUUGUCGCAGAGUCCUUUCUCGCCACACAUUCACUUUCCACGUCAAUACACGCAUCGAACUUUUCACAUUACCAGCUACUUCAUCCACCCGCCCGUACAUUUGACGAACACGACCGCCCGACCGGCAAUUCGACCGCGGUCAACACCCAAGACAGAAUCACGCAAUGCCCGCUUUCCAGCCGCCGAAAAUGACAUACGAGAAGAACAAGGCCUGGAGACGAAUAGCUAAGCCGGACUUUCACAAUCCAAAAAUGAUAUGGGGUGACUACUGGCGGCGGUUCAAUACUAUCGCAGUCCCGCUCCUCGAUGAGGACGCCUAUUUCGCCGACGUUAUGGCUGCUGCAAAACACGCUGAGAAUCGUGGACACCUCGAGGAACUUCUCGCUGCGAAGCACGAAGAGCGCCGCCGAGAUCUCGACAGUUUCGUACGCGACAUCGCCCUUUCAUCCAUCAAUUUCCGACAGCACUUCUCGUCUACAAGUACCCGCGAUGCGGCACUCAAAAUUGGCCAAACUGGCAGUAUGGAUAGCUUCAUACAGUUUGUGUGUGGUGUUAUUUUCGGUUGGAGUAGGGCCGAGGAUAAGCAGCUGAUCCACGUCACCACUGCCGGCGUUACUAGCACGAUUGGAAACAGACCCGAUGCCCGACGCGAUGGCGAUGCGCGAGAUGAUGUUUUCGAGGAUGGAGGCGAUCCAUGGGAAUACGAGAACACAUUCCCCCCCGAGUUAUGCUCCUCACCUGGCUCGGACGAACAAGUGGACGAACCAUGGAGUCAUCCUUCGCUGAGAGCAACGGUUUGUCACGAUACGGACGAGAUAACUUCGGAGCACCAAUCUCAGCCAUCAUCAUCAAUAGGUGCGCAUGUAAAAUCAGUCACGUUAGCUGAGGCAAUAGAAGAAAAAGGGGAGGGCUCCGCGAAACGGUCGCAUAAAUCGACAAGCACAUCACCAAAAUCGCAAACAACCCCCAGAUUGUCAUUCGGCCUACACCCCACGUCGCCGCGGCCGACGGACAGUUUGUCCGCCGUUGCCGCCACACCAUUGUCGAAAAAUUCUCGGUCAACCACAAGCCCCUAUCCUGUACAGACCACGUCGUCUUGCACGUCACAUUCCUCACCGGAGCUCUCUUAUGUCGAAGUAGCGGACGAAUCCAGCCCUCCGACAAGGGCAAGCAUGCCUACUGAAUCGGGAGAUACAAAGCAGGCGGGUCGAUACACGCCAAGCGGAAGCGGGGCUAUAGGGCGUUGCUCAACCAGGAAGCGAUCAUUUGUUCACGAGAGUGAUGAGGAGACUGUGGACGAGGAAUGUCAUCGCCGGAAGCGAAGGGUAACAACUAGACAUUCUCCUGUUAGAUUAUCACCCCCUGUCUUUCCGGCCGGGUUGAAUGCUAGGACUGGCGAGUGAGGUAUGAAGAGAUAGGUGGGCUUGCGUGAUGGCAUCAGUUUGGCUUUGUGAAGAUAGUGAACAAGUAUUGCCUACUUCGUGGUUUAUGUGGGGCAUGAUAGCUGAAUAGUCACGCAUGGAGAGUCGCUACGUAUCGCCGACCUUCCAAUGUAACUAACCAACUAGGUUGCGGACAGGAAAGAUGACCAAGCCACAGCCUAAUGGCCAUCACGGCAUCUAUAACGGUUAUUGCCGA